AUGGGAUCUUGCUUCUCUUCUCUCGGUGGUAACGACAAGAAGCUCAGCCGCACCGACACCAACCGCGGUGGCAACGAGCUGCAGCGCACCACUUCCUCGUACCAGGGUUCGGUCGCUGACGGCAUGCGCUACUCGGACAACGCUAGCGCGACCGCUGACCGUGACCGCCUGACUGCCUCGCAGGUGCACAAGUCUAAGACGCUCGAGGAGCGUAUCAAGCAGGCUGAGCGUGAGAACCGCAACCGCGUCUAA